AUGCCACCGCUCAACCUUACCAACUUGACACCAGCAACCUUCAUCCUGGCUGGCAUCCCAGGCAUGGAGAAGUCGCACAUCUGGAUCUCGAUCCCGUUCUGCUCCAUAUAUCUGGCUGCCCUCCUAGGAAACGGUGUCCUGUUGUUCGUUAUAGGGACCGAACGUAGCCUCCACCAGCCCAUGUACCUCUUCCUGUCCAUGCUGGCCAUCGCUGACCUGAUGCUGUCGACCACGACUGUGCCCAAGAUGCUGGCUCUGUUCUGGUUCAGAGCGGGGGAGAUUUCCUUCGACGCCUGCCUGACCCAGAUGUUCUUCCUGCACUUCAGCUUCUCGGCAGAGUCGGUGAUCCUGCUGGCCAUGGCGUUUGAUCGGUUUGUCGCCAUCUGUUACCCCUUGCAGCAUGCGGCGGUGCUGACCCAGUCAGCCGUUGCCAAAACCGGGCUGGUGGCUUUACUGAGAAGUUUCUGCAUCAUUUUCCCCUGUAUAUUUCUUCUGAAAAGGCUGCCGUUCUGCGGGCACAACGUCAUCCCGCACACCUACUGCGAGCACAUGGGCAUCGCCCGGCUGGCCUGCGCCGACAUCUCCAUCAAUGUCUUGUAUGGCCUCGCCGUGCCUUUUGCAGCAAUAGUGGUAGAUGUCGUACUCAUUGCUGUCUCCUAUGUCUUAAUUCUGCUGGCAUUAUUCAGACUCCCUUCCAGGACUGCCCGCCACAAGGCUUUCAACACCUGUGGCUCUCAUGUCUGCGUUAUAUUACUGUUCUAUAUUCCUGCUUUUUUCACUGUUUUAACGCACCGCUUUGGUCAGGAAAUCCCCCACCACACCCACAUUCUCCUGGCCAACCUGUACGUGCUCUUCCCCCCACUGAUGAACCCCGUGGUGUAUGGUGUGCGGACACAGCAGAUAAAAGAGAAGGUUAUGAAAGUGUUCAACUGCCCCAAGAGUCGUUUGCUGCAAGAAUAA